CCUGGCCAGGGGGCGGGGUGGGCGUGCGUUGCGUUGCGCCGCGCCGUGCGUGACAGCCGGGCCUGGGGCGAGAGCGAGAGUGGAGGAAGCUGGGAAGUUUCGUUACUCCUCGCGGAGGGGAGCAAUAGUAGCAGCAGCAGUCGAAGCUACCGCCGCCGCCGCCGCCGCCGCCGCCGCGAGAGUAGUUCGCGGGAGGGCGAUCCCUGGCGAGCCAUGGAUCUGCGGAAAGUGAACGAACUGCGGGCCUUCGUGAAGCUCUGCAAGCAGAACCCGACCGUGCUGCACGCGGAGGAGCUGAGUUUCUUCCGUGAGUGGGUGGAGAGCAUGGGAGGUACAAUACCACCAGUUCCGUGCAACACCACUUCUCCAGAAAAGCCUGAUGAGGCAAAAGCGGAAGAAAAGGAGCCAGAGGAACCACCGAAUCCCCCAGAGCCUGAGAGUGAGGAAAGUGAUUUGGAAAUUGACAAGGAAGGAGUAAUUGAACCUGAUAAGGACGAGCCUCAAGAAAUGGGUGAUGAAAAUGUUGAGGUGUCAGAUGAAAUGAUGGAUCAGGCCAAUGAAAAGAAAAUGGAAGCAAUCAAUGCACUAGGUGAAGGUAAACUUCAGGAAGCCAUUAAUUUGUUCACAGAAGCCAUCAAGUUGAAUCCUCAUCUCGCUAUCCUGUAUGCCAAACGAGCCAGUGUUUUUGUGAAAAUGCAGAAGCCAAAUGCUGCCAUUAGAGACUGUGAUAGAGCCAUACAGAUUAAUCCUGAUUCAGCACAGCCAUACAAAUGGCGAGGGAAAGCCCACAGACUGCUAGGUCACUGGGAGGAAGCUGCACAUGAUCUAGCAUUAGCCUGUAAACUGGAUUAUGAUGAAGAUGCUAGUGCUAUGCUGAAGGAGGUGCAACCACGAGCUCAGAAGAUUGCAGAACAUAGGAGAAAAUAUGAACGAAAGCGUGAAGAAAAAGAAAUUCGUGAAAGGAUGGAAAGGGUAAAGAAAGCCCGAGAAGAACAUGAGAGAGCUCAGAGGGAGGAAGAAGCUCGGCGGCAGGCAGGAGGAGGAGGGGCUCAGUUCGGAGGCUUUCCAGGUGGUUUUCCUGGUGGCAUGCCUGGUGGCAUGCCUGGAAUGGGGGGCAUGCCUGGUCUCAAUGAAAUUCUUAGUGACCCUGAAGUUCUUGCAGCCAUGCAGGAUCCAGAAGUUAUGGCAGCUUUCCAGGAUGUUGCUCAGAAUCCAGCAAAUAUGUCUAAGUAUCAGAAUAACCCCAAGGUCAUGAAUCUCAUUGGCAAACUUUCAUCCAAAUUUGGAACGCAACCAUAAAGUCCCUUUCAUUUCCAGAGGUGGGGGGGAAGUAUUGAUUGCUUACCAUAUGUUGCAAUAAUGCAUACCAUUGUACCUCUGCUUCUCAGAAGAGAACUAGGGUGCUCUAGAUAGAAUCAUUCCUCUCCCCCCUGUGCUUCAGUUCAUAAUUGUUUUCAGUUUUUAUUUCAAAACACAUUUUCCUCUCUCAUCUUCUAUGCCCUGCAGUUCUACUCAGCAGUAUUAGUUUUCUUUUAAAACUGUUAUACUUAAUUGUUAUCUUCCAGUAGAUUGUACCAAAAAGCAUAUGGGUGGUGAGUCUUACAAUGCUAUUGGGAUCUGUUUUCCACUAACUGGAUUCCUUAAUUAAAGCUUGUAACACUGAUUACAUUCUAUACUCAAGGAAGAAGGGGCACAGUAUCUUGUUACCUAGAACAAAUAAAACCUAAUUUGUAUUCAUUUUUACAUUCAGAGCUAUGACUUUAGACACUUAAAAUUUUUCCUAGAUCAGAUCACUUCAGUAGUGGAAAGCACCUCUCUCACACAAUUGGCUGUCAAUAUGUUGGUACAAAUGGUACUGCUGUUGGAUUGCUUUUAACAUUAAUGUUUUGUGAUCUUUUUAUCGGGGCUUUCUUCCAUUGCAGACAGCCUUCCUAUUACUUCUACUGAUUAACUAUUGAACUUAUUGUCUGGUUUAAUCACUUACUAUUGUGGGAGGGAAGCAAUUGGUUUCCCUCGCAGUCUCAAUUCAUUUGCAUUAAAAAAAAAUCACAAUUGAGGUAUUGAUCUGCCACAGAGUGCAAAAGUUCUGGAUUCUGAAGUCAUUAGAGUCAUAAUAAAUACUUUGGCCAAGGCCGUAAGAUUUACUGUUGUCCAGUCCCUUUCGUACAAUGGAGGAAUUUUCCAUUUCUUUAUACCCCAUUUGUCCGUCUUUCCUUGGUAUUAUGGGGUUUUCUGGUUAAUAUUCUAUUUAUGGGUCUUGUGCAUGGAAGAGAGAGAGGGAAGAUCUGCGCUGGAAAUGACACAUCUUAAAUACAGUUACAGCAUGAGAUUUCAUUGAACAUUUUGCUGAAAGGUUCAUGGGUAAACUAAUAAAUUAAAACCUGUUUUUGUCUAUUCUGAAAUGAUUUCCUGCUCUAAAUAUUGGAAAGCUUGUUAUAAUUAGGUCUUGGUCUCUUCUAGAGCUUUUGAAUGUUUCUUGUUCUCUGCUUUUGUAAUUUUGUCUGAAUCCAAAAGUGAUGUCAUUUUUUUUUCUUUCUAAUUAAACUUGGGCUGGUUUAGGAACUCAGAAUUUUUUUUAAAGCAGUUUUUUUCCCCUCAUACAACAAUUAUCUUGUCAAAUGAAAGGAGAGAGAAAUUCAAUUUUGCUUAAUAAAUAGUUCUGAAAAUACUUCUAGUUGCCUUUAAAAAAUAAAGACUGGUUUUGAAGAA